GCUCUUCGCACACUGAGGUUGUCUGGUCAGAGGCACACAGCCACACUGAGCUGUGUGAAGCAGCUCUGUGUCAUUUCAGGAUAUACACAGCCGUGUGGCAGGCUUGGAGUGUGUGGUGGAUUCAGGAGACAGUUUGGAUGAAGAGCAGAUAUUGCAACGCAGAGGAACUCAAUGCACUUGGGAAAGCCUCAUCCGCAGCCAGAGUCCAGAAACAGAGCCCAGAGCAGCCCAGAGGAGGAGACUGGACUGGCCACACUAAGAAAUUGGAGCUUGUGGUCUAGAGAUGGACAGCUGGACUCUACAGGGGGACAGCUACUCCUUCCUGCGCAGUGCGCCCCGCAACUUUUCCCUGUGCCAUCGAGACGGUACUCCUAACCACGUUGAAAUCUUUGACAUCAUCAACGUCCCUAAUCAGCGCAGCGCCAUCUCCGAGACCACCUGCCUGUGUGACAUUUUUGGGGACGACUGUGAGUCGCCUUCCUUGUCAAGCAGCCCUGCUGUAGCGGCCUCUGUCCCACCUCAAGCAGAGGUGGAGGGGAGAGCAGCUGCAUCACCAUUGGUGGAUGACCAGAACGACUCCUCUGGCUCUUAUCACACAGCCCCAGGCUCCAGUGAAGGAGAGGAUUUUGAAGAGGAAGAGUCAAAAGAGAAGUUUCACAGGCCUUCAUUGCAAAGUGAGUGUUCAAAGAGGGGGGCAGCUGAGGGUGAGGGACUGGAUUCAAGGCAUCCAGAUCCUUCUGAGGACAGUGGACCAAAUUUAGAGCCAAACAGUGUUUCACCAGUGCCUCAGGAUAGCAGAGUUAGCCCAGUAUCUGAAGACCACAGCAUUGUUUGCAGGGAGAGACCUCCCUCUGGACACAAAAGUCCUUAUACACUCAGUCCAGAGGGAAGAGUGUCAUCACUGUCCUCAUCUUCAGUUGAGACUAGACGUUCAUCCUCAUCACCAAACCCACAACAAACAGAAACUGAAGCAAGGAGCAUCACCCCUGCAUCAAGGGGCAGACAUAGCAGUCUGUCACAUCACACAUCCUCUCCCUCCCCUGAACCCAGGAACUGUGUCAGCUCAUCCUCAUCUCCAUCACUGAGUACACAAUCUGCAUCUGAGGUCAGAGGAGCACAAGUGUCUCCUGAGCCAAGGAGCAUCUAUCAUCAAAACACCAGCCCCUCCCCUGUCCUCUCACCCACAGCUUUUUCUCCAGAUUAUACAUUAUCAACCUCUGAAUCUAGAGCCACCCCUUCCUCUCCUUUGCUUUCAUACAGCACAGAGUUAUCAUCGGGGUCAAGAGAGGCGCUGGUCUCUCCUGAGCUGAAGAAUAGGUCUUACACACCUGAUACUCAAUCAUCAUCUCCUUUUCCAGAUUUUAGAGGGAGGGUCUCUCUGCCUGACCUUUUCAGCAGAAGUUCCACCCCUGAUACAGAAGAUUCUCCUCAAACUCCUGAGCUCAUUUCAAAUCCUGAAAGCACAGAAAAAGACAAAACAACUACUCCCAAUAACCACGAUACAGGGUUACCAGUGGAGACUAUCAGCACAGUGUCUUCACCUGCCCUACGAUAUACGCCUCCCUCACCUGUCAUAUCAUCAGCAACAUCUCCUGAGCUUAGAGGGAGCAGCGUCUCACCUGAAUAUAGACACACAACUCCCUCACCUGGCCGGCUCAGUGCCACCUCUCCAGCUAAGACUGGGACAACAACUCCCUCUCCUGGCCCCUCAACUCAAGAAAGGUACAUUUCAACACCAUCUGAAACCAGGACCCCUGUGUCUUCACCCAUACUAAACUAUAGUUUAUCACCAUCACCUGACGGUACGAAGAAGUGCUCUCCAGUAGUGUGCGUGCAUACAGCUUCCUCACCUGAAAUCAGAAUUAUCACAUCCUCACCUGAAGUAAGUAAAACAGCACAGUCUCCUGAAGUUGACAUUAAAUUUGACUCUCCUGUCCUUGAGCUGCCCAGUGAAUCAGCCCCAUCCAGAAGCACAUCUUCAUCCCCUCAUAUCACUGGGAUAUCCUACUCUGUUGUUCAGCCUGAGGACAGAAACUCUCCCCCAUUUCCUGAACUCUCUCGACUUUCCUCUCCUGAGACUCACAGGGCACCGGUAUCACCUGAGGUAAGGAGCCCUACCCCAAACAAAGACAAUACACAGUCCAGGAGUACACCACAGGCCUCGCCUCAUACAACACCUUCCCCUAUACCUGAGCUACAGCCUGAAAUAUCACAGGUGCCUCAAACCAGCUAUAAAACACCAUCCCCUGAACUAAAACGUCACACUCCCUCACCACAACCAAGCCUUCACAGCUCUUCUUCUGAGAGGUAUCAAAAUAUCUCACCUCAGCACAGAAGUAGAGAUCCAUCACCUGUUUCUGCAUCUCCAGAGCCAAGGUUUCAUCAGGUUUCCACAGAGCACAGCCCUCUCUAUACCCAACAAACUCCUCCUCUCAGAGAUACACCUGAACUUGACAGGAGUUUGUCUUUAGUUGAUGUUACAGAAAUCCAAGACUCUACAGUGUGUUGUGUAUCACCCUUGUCUGAACAAGAAAGGGGAGACAGGUCAGCUGUAACUGAAGUCAAAAGAAGUUCACCAGUAGUUGCAAAUCAUUCACCUGUUCCUACUUCCCCAUUCUCAUCAGAAGAAAAGGUUAAGAGCUUACUGAAACAACACAGCACAAAGAAGAAAGUAUCAUCAAAAGAAGUAAAAUUUCAGAGCAAUUCAAGUUUGGACUCCUUCUCUGAUAAACAAGACAGUGACUGCACCCAUUUUGAGAAAGAGGAGGUUUACAAAAAUACCCCUAUUGAAAUCAAGCCUCCUUCAUCUCAUCUAGUAUCACCUGUUAAAGACAAGAAACUAAACAUCUCACCUGUCACCAAGGUUAAAUCCACUUCACCUGUUCAGAUUUUGGAAAACCCUCAGCCUCACUUAACUACAUACCACCAACCACCUAAAAGCAGCAGUUCACUGAAAUCACCUUUUACACCUAGGCAGAUCAGAAGACAGCUGUCAGGUACAACUGGACCUGAAAACAGAAAUAAGUCAAAGGAGAAUAUGGCCGGCCAUCUGAACAGGAGGAGAACUCCCUCACCUCCACUCACCAGGUUUACACCUGUGCACAUCAUAGCCCCUGAGAAGCCUUACAGACCAUGGCAGAACAGAAGACAUAGCCCCACUCAGGUUGUAACAUCUUCACCAAGUGGUAAUUUAAAGAAAGUGGUGACAAACACGGAAAUCCCCAAUGCUGCCCCCGUUGACAAUAAUAGCCAGGCUCAGUGGCUCAGGAAAGGAAAGCCACUGGAGAUGGAGAAGGAAAGGCAGCUGCGGGAGGAGAGGGAAGUAGAUUGGGAGAGGCAAAGGGAUAGAGAGAUGUACAGAGGGAGAAAGAGGGAGGAGCGGGUUCCUGUAAAAGGGGAGGGGUGGCAGGGGGACGUCAGUUACAGAGGGGAACAGGUUGAGCUGUCAUUCAAUGCCAGGAAUAGAAAAGGCCCUGUGAGCCGCAGUGCAGCUCCCACAAGCAGAGAGACCCGACAGGGACUGCCAACAGUGCAUUCCUAUUCAGAGAGUUUGCUUGCCACCAGACAGCUACAGCAACAACAGAGUCUCCAGAGACUUUCUUCACAACAAGACAGCAGGGGUGGUGGUCCAAGUAGGCGGCUUCAACCUCCAGUUCCUCAGCAAAAGAAAAGUGUUUCUGGACGCGUUGCCACAAACAGGCCCUGCCGGAGUUCAAGCUCCAGCAUGGGAAGUGAACUUGAUGAGGCAGACCAUGAGGUGAAGUGGUUUACAGACGUGGCUUUCCGUAGUCUGUCAAGUCCAGAGGUAGAUUACCUUGACAUGUACAACUCAAGCCACCAUUCAUCUACCAACGUUUCCCAGCCAUCUACUCAGGAAAGCCCAGCUGGGGUCAAUGCUGCCUGGCUGGCCUAUGCUGACUUCAGGGGAUCUGCUCCAGUGCUGGACAAUGAUGAACUUGCAUUCCAGCAGCCAUCUGCAUACUACUCAGAGGCACUAGAUCCAUCCAGGCGCUAUGAGUUGGGAAGUUUUGAGUGUGUAGAUGUGGCAGUGGAAAGAGAAGACUCCAGGAAAGUAAGAAGAGGGGUGCCUAAGAGACAGAUUCAGCUGAAGAGGAAGGACAAUGCUGAAGCUAAGCAGGAUGAGAGCAGCGAGAAUAGCAGUCCUGGAGUUCCUGUGAUAGACAGCCCUGGUCUAGAGACUCUCUCUAGAGACACUUUGUUGAGACAGCACAGUACUCCAGCAUCCAUGCAAGAAUGCUAUCCUUCUGAGCAUAGCCCUGAGAUUGACAAACAAAAUGAGACUAAAUCCAAACUCCAAAAAUCUGCUUCUCUGGAUGAAUCGUGUUCUAAGACAAAGAUUGCCACUUGUCUCAUCAAGAGUGUGUUGUCAAAAAAGAUGCAAAGUACUGAUAAACAAACUGAUGAUCCAACUGGAGAAGACGUGAGCCUUGGUUUUGGGGAAAACACACCACAGGCAGAGUGUACAGUGUCUCCACCUAAAGAGUCUCCCAAACCUGAUGCACGUAUUCUGAGUUCCAGUCUUCACUCAGAUUUUAGUCUUUCAUCUGAUGGCCUUGCUGUGAGAGGAGAAAUAAGCACCAAGGAUGAAGCAGGGCUACAGAAAAGGUUUGGAGGUAAAUCCAACAAUCGACCAAGUUCGACCAACAGCAACAGAAGUGUCAGCUUUUCACAAACUGACAGUGAAGAAGCUGAUUCUCAAGGCAGAAAUGCAACUGCUUUAAGAUCAGAACUGAAGGUGCCAUUUGAUAGUAAACAGUCCAGAGCUGGAGUACAAGUAGAUGACAGUAAAACAUGGGAGGAAAGGGAGGAUGGUGACUCAGCAAAUGCCGCUGCUGGGAACACAGGAGAUCCUACUGCUGUUGGAGUCAUCAGCAGGCAACCCAGGAUGACAAAUAGGGACCGGGAAUGUGAAAGCACACAGAGCCAUAAACAACUGCAACAGGAUGUCAAGAGCCCCUACAUGUCAAAAACACAGGAUAACUCUCUCACAGCUAUGGAGAAAAAGAAAGCCUCCAUUAAUGUCUGUCUCACACCUGAAUCAGAAAACAAACCUGAAGGUGAGGUGUGUUUCAGAGAAAAAGAAGAAAAGAUAGAGGCCAGAAUGGAUAGUAAAACAGAAGAGGAAGACGUGAAUGGAAAUAAUAAAGUUAAGGGUCCCAUACACAAAGUUAGAGAUGUGAGGCGGCUUGUAAAAAAUACAUAUAAUCUGUCUUUCAAGGCAAGCAGUGCUGCUAUGCCUUCAGAUGUGAGUGAAGAAAAGACAGAACAUUUUAUUGAACAACAGAAAGAAACAAAAGAAGAAAAGAUGGAUGAAGUCAUACAAGAGGAGGAGAGGAAGGUGAUGCAACAAGUAACAUACAAGGAAAGAAAAGAGGAGUUAAGGGAGGAGAGGAGAGGGGAGCAGAAGAUAGAGAUAAAAGAUGAAAAUGUACUAACUUCAUUGUCACCUCCACCAAGCAAUGGAAAGCCUCUUUCCCGUUCACAACCAAUGCAAAUAGAAUACAAGGCUGUUUGCUGGAAAGAAGACAAAAAUAAGAUGUUAUAUACUACAAAAGAUUCAGAAAACCCAGCUGAUAAACCUGAAUGUCCUCUGGAGGGGGUAGUAGAGGCCAGCUCAGAAUCACAUUAUUUCUCUAAUGAAAACACAGAGAGUUACGCAGCAAGUGAUGUAGCAAUUUCCAAGCAAAGUCAAGAAGAUUUAAAUGUGGCACCAGAAACACAAGAGACUGCAACUCAGUUGACUAAAAUGUCAGACAAAGAGGACAAACCUGUGAUGGGUCAAACAGACAGAAAGCCCCCCAUGCUCGGAAGCCUCCCCAGAAUGCCCAGUAAAGAAAGAGAGGUAUCCACUGCCGUAGUGUUGAUAAGAGAUGGAUCCAGUAAGACUAAAAGAUCAACAUCUCCAGCUCAGGAAGAGAUUCCAACUCCACACCAAGACCCUGCUUCCUCACCCUCUCCGGGGCUCUCCACUCCUGGCAGUACACCUGGCAGCAGUGGCCACUCAGUGUCCAUGUUGUUAAAAGAGAAAGGAUACCAAGCUGACAUUGGAGCAGUUGUGGGUGAUGGGCAGAAUUCAGGUGGAGGUAAGGGGCUCCCCCGUAAGCAUGUUAACUGCCUGGAGAUCCCUCUUCAAACGACUAUGCCUUCUGAAGGAGCUCGGAUUGAGUCUCAUAGGGAAAGGACAUUCUCAUCUUCAUCUGCUACAUCUGGCCCAUUGGCAGCGACUGACAACACUGAAAACAUUUCUAAGACUGAAGAAGAUGGGGCUGGUAACAAGCCCACAGUAAAGGACACAGCAAAGCAAAAGAGUCCAUCUCCACUAAGGAAUACAAUGGAGCAAACAACACCACCGACCAAACAGAAAGAACACGGAGACUUUGAAGCAGUAAAAAGAUUAGAUCCAACUUUCCCUCCAAGAUCUCCUGCAGUAAGGAGAUUCAAACCACAGCCAAUUGAAGUUAAGUCAUUGACUAAAGAAACAAAGAAAUCAGAAUUGUCCACAAAUGACACUGUAAACAACAGGCCUCAAACUAUAGAGGUUAAAUCUAUAGCUAAAAAUUCUCAGAAGCCAGCUGUGCCCCCAAAACCAAACUGUAAAUUUAAACCAGCAGAUUUAGCAGCAACACCAAAUGACACACAUGGGCCUCCAGUGUCAGCAGUGACUGCACGACAACAAGGUGAAGACAGACCUCACACAAUUGUAGUGUCUUCACCAACAAUCUAUAGAAAGAUUUCCAAUGACACCACAUCAAACUACACAAGAAAACUAGCUGUGUCUGCAGUGUCAAGUCUGAAACCUCCACCGAGCAAAACAACAACCACAGUUUCUAGUCUUUCAAAUCAGUCAGUGCCAUCAGAGACUGAGGCAUCAAAUGACAGAGGCCAGCAACAACAGCCAGGGGCUUCCCCUCAGAGCUCCAGAUAUACACAAAGACCUACAACAUUACCUCCAGCUCCAAUAUCAGACACUGGCCCAGGUUUAUCCCUAGCUGCGGUUUCGGAUUCAACAACAAGCCAAGUCCCCACACCUGCUUCAGCUGGAGUCAACCAGGCAAGUCAGCCCACUGUUAUUGAUUCAAACAGCCAACCACCUUAUCCCAGGAUGACAUACCCUCAUGAACAAACUAUGCCGGUAACUUCAAACAGUACAAAACAACCUGCUGCAUUAUCCACAACACAAGCCCCAGGAUACACACAGCAGCCAUAUCGCAGAUCGCUCUCCUGUGAGCGGUCUCAGAGGAGAGAUGACCUGCGUUUUUAUGCCUCAGAUGACCCACCGAGCUAUGACGAAAGAGAAAGCUUCAGUCCCCUUGUGUUGCCUGAUCUGACUCCCCGCAGAUCAAAUCGCUAUCAACCCACUUCUCGCCCCCCUCCAUGCUCCUGCACAGCUGGCUGCCCCUCCCACCCUGGUCUGACCCCUACUCACAGCCACAGCAGCCCCCACAACCUUACCCCUCCUGCCCCACCGCACUCUCCUGGCCAAGCACACCCUUACCCAGUGGGCCAGCCCCCCCUCCGUCCACACCAGUGCAGACCUGACCCUCAGGCGGUGACAUAUCAGCCCAGCUCUCCCAAGUCAAGUCCUAUUGGUCCAAGUCAGCCACCAGCAGGACUAUACCAGGCUCUUCACCAGCCUCCUCCCUGCCCUCCCCACCCCUCACUUAUGCAGGCAUACCCUGCUGACCGCCAAAUGCAGCCAGGUCAACAUAUUGACCCCCGGCGGCCACCUGUCCACCGUUCACCCCAGCAGCAGCCACCAACCAUGGCUGGGGCUCCUUAUAGUGAUCCUGGUCACGGCCACUCCCCUGGCCUUCCUCCAAUGGAUCCCCACUAUCUGUGUGGUCCUCAGAGUCUAGGGCCUUCAUACGGCUCUGAGUAUGGAGGUGACAGCUCCAGUUUGUAUUCAGAGAGUAGCUAUGGACAAACACCACGCAGAGUACUACUCGAUCCUGAGACGGGGAAGUAUUUUUAUAUUGAGGUGCCUGUACAGCCACUGAGGAAGAUGUUGUUCGACCCAGAAACUGGCCAGUACGUUGAAGUGCUAAUCCCUCAGCAAGCCAUGUCUCACUCAGGCUUGUACCCUCCCUCAGCAGCCCCUUACCCAUCUAUCCAUAACCCAAACAUGUAUGCCCCUGCCCCACAAUACAUGCCCUAUGCAGCUCCUCCUCCCCCAACCCAUGCCCAGACUCAGCCCCAGCCACCUCGGUAUCCUGAGGCCUCUGCAGCAGCCACAAUGCACCAACAUGGUCCUGGGGUCAGUUACAGGAAUCCCUCUGGUCAGGGAUCCAAGCCAGAUCCCCAGGGCCAUCCACCACUGGACCAGAGCUACCUGGAGAGCAUGUAUUAUGUGCCUACUGGGAUGAAUGCAAGCCCCAAUCCCACCCCACCAGACUAUUACCACAAGCAUCCCCCCAACCUUCCCCCAACAGGGGGGAAAAGGUCUUGAAAUAGAGGCUAGAGGCCGCCUUUCUGGAGCCUGCUGGGUUUUAAAUACACUGUGUAUAAAGGGGGUGUCUAAUGUUAGCUUGUAAUGUUAUUUGAGUUUUCAUAUUGCCAAUGAAGACAACUAUUCUUUGGUUGUUUAUUUGCUGCUGCUUGUUUUGUGCUAUGCUGCUUUGAGUUAAGAGUUUAAAAACACAAAUGAUUUUUCUAUGAGGUGUUCUUAAGUGUAAUACGUAAAGCAAAAGAAUUAAUUCUAACAUUUUAUGUCCAUUUUCAUAAAGGGUUUGAACAUGAUCAUUUUACAAGUAAUUCACAACCACAAUAAAUCAAUAGGUUUAGUGAUUAAAUGAUGGUAACAAAUAUUGACAAAAACUUGAAAAUACUGUUUUAAAAGAACUUCAUAUUUAUUUUAUUAUUGUAUUUCUCUAAUAUUGGAUGAGUGAAAUUGUUCACAUGAUGUUUGCAACAACAAUGUCAAUAAAGUAUA